UCCAUCAUCAGUGACGUCAAUCUGAACAGUACUCAGCCUGCUCGAGCACUCUGCACGGAGUUUCUUCGACCCCUCCCCACCACUGUCUGCCAGCAGACAGCCGGCAAACACCGUGAAGCCCAGCGAGUCCAGACGUUUGGCCAGUCCAAAUCCGAAACCACUGUCACAACCUGUUUAAAUAAAGCCAGACAUGUAGGACGUGUCGUGAACAUCUCUAGUGUAGGUGGGCUUCACGCAGUCCCCAUGGCUAGUGCCUAUUCCAUGACCAAGGCCGCCAUGGAAUUUUUCUCGGACGCCUUAAGGCAUGAGAUGCACAAGUGGGGAGUCCAAGUCGUCAUCGUGGAACCUGGCAGCUUUGCACGGGCUACAGAUAUCAUCUUGCCUGCCGUUUACAAGAAGUUAGUUGAGGAUAUGCGGAACAACGCGGAAGAUGUUGUUAAGGAAGAUUAUGGCAUGGAGUAUUUCGACUUCAAGAUGGAACAACUGAGGCUGUUUGCCCACGGCGAAGGUGCUUCUAGGGAUCCAACGGCUGUGAUAGACGCUAUGGUGGACGCCGUCACCCUGACCACCCCCUCACAUCGCUACUUGGUCGGGUCGAGUUUUGAGGACUACGUCACUUGGAUGUGGUUAGGCUACUUUCCCACACGGUGGACUGGUUCUACCCUGCUGGCUGAGAAGGAAGGCGACCCGAAACCAGCCAUGCUGAAGAAAAAUCACUAG